AAUAGGGUUCAAUCGGGCUUAUCUUGCGAAAACUCUCCUCGCAAGAGGAAGGCCUGAGGGAACGCCAGUUGGUUUGUCACAACAAUGGUCAAGCACGCUUCCACAUCGGAGGCCUUCUGUCCAGGCGAUGCCGAGGGAGCCAUUUGUCGAUUGGAAGAGUGCAUCCGCGGGAACUAUUGCAAGGGUACGGCCGGUUGGGGCGUCGUGCGUGAGACGGCGCACGAGGUGGCGGUGGCGGAGGCAGACAGACCGGUUUCUCACGACACGGACCUGAUCGAGGUCGCUUUCCGCGCGGUCCUGGCUGGCAUCGUCCAGGAGGCAUUGGGAAAGGGGGAGGACGUGUUGGACGAGGAGAAAUUUGGACUGCGGGCUUUGUUGGACCUUGCCCUCGACUUGGCUCAGGCCGGCAGGGAGGAGCAGGGGCCCGGCCUGGGUCUCCGCAGCGUCUUCUUCCUGUUAGAGGACAUCUUCGAACUCUUGGGGGUGGAACAGAUACAGAACUUUUGGCCAGAGGUGGAGAAAAGGGAGAGCGCCCUGUUCGGGCUCUUCAAAACAGCCCGGAAGAGCAAUUUGACCAUGCUAAAACUCUGCAACUCCCUGCUGCGGAAGUUAUCCAAAGGCCACAACACGGCCAUCUGCGGGCGGAUCAUGAUGUAUUUGUCGCGAAAUUGGGAGCUCAGCGAUCCCUCUGCGAUCAAUAAGGGGGGAAUGGCGAAUUUGAGCAACAAGACAGCUUUUGAGGAGCCGGAGGACUUUGCCCGGCAGCAGGCUCGAG